AUGACACAAAGCCAGGAUGACACGAAGCUAGGAAUACGCCCUCAUGUCGCAAGGCGAGCCAACAGAACUAUCUUUCAAAAUAAUUUCCGUUUUUUUUCGUGCGUCCGCUCACCCAUCAACCAAGCACACCCACAAACAGGCGGCAUGGCUCCUCCCAAGAAGACCCUCAGAGCAGACGCGCCCUGGCGCGCCAAGGGCACAGGGGUGGCUCUCAUUGGCGGGCCGGCUCUGGCGAGUGUGCGACGCGGGCCGGAGUUCGACUAUGCCAUGAGCAUCAUGCGGCAUCCGGACCCUAUAGGCAUGGGGUUGGCGCAGGAGGCAGGGGUGGAGGCGGCAGGGGAGGAUUGUCUGGUGCCCGGGCUCAAGCGGCCCGUCAUUGUUAUGGGCGUGCAGGUGGGUGCAGAGCGGUGGAGAUGGGUAGAGGUGGGUGCUAUUGGCGUACAGGUGGGUGCAGAUGGGUGUGCAGGUGGGUGCUAUGGAGGCUUGUUGUUGCUGAUGCAGGAGGCAGGGGUGGAGGCGGCAUGGGAGGGCUGUCUGGUGCUGGGGUUGAAGCGGCUCGUCAUUGUCAUGGGCUUGCAGGUGGGUGGAGAUGGGUGGGGAAGGGUGGAGAUGGGUGGAGAUGGGUGGAGGUGUGUGGAGAUGGUUGUUAUUCCAGGUGUGGCCGCUGGAAAUCAACAGCCCUCUCUCUCCUGGAAGGCCAUAGAGCCCCCAUCCAUGACUUACCUGCCUCCUCCUUCUCCCUUUCUCACCCCUUCUCACCCCUCCUCGCCCCUCCAGGUGUGGCCGCUGGAGAUCAACAGCCCUCUCUCCUGGAAGGCCAUUGAGCCCAUGGCCCGAGAGCUCAAAACCGUGUCCAAGCUUGCAGAGAAAGCCAUUGACCUCAUGAACGCCCCCCUUUCACUCGCCUCCUCUCCCCUCUCUCUGUGUCUCUCCUGCUCCUCCCCAUCAACCCCCCCUCCUCCCCUUCCUCCCCCCUUGAUCUCCUUGGUGCCUGUGCAGCUUGCAGAGAAAGCCAUUGACCUCAUGAACGCCCCUCUUGUCCGCUGA